AUGUUACAUUUAAAUAAAAGAUUACCUUUGUUGUCUAGAUAUUCUUCUAGUUUCUUCAAAGGUAGUAACAAUAACAACAACGUUAAUAUCAUUAGCAACAACAAUCAUUUCACUUUCAAACCAACAUCAUCAUCAACAUCUAUUUCACUGGUCAACGCAAUCAGUAGUAACAAUAUUGGAUUAUCAUCAAAUCAACAUCUUUGUUAUUUUUCUAGCAACAAUAACAAUAACAACAAUAAUAACAAUAACAAUAACAAUAACAAUAAUAAUAAUAAUAACAAAAAGAAUGAUAAGAAAAUUGAUGAAAUAACAUCAUUAGAUAAUGAAUCUGUAGAAGCAUUAAUUAAAUUUGACAAGACAACAAAAAAAAAUCCAUUAUUUCCAGCAAAUAGUGAAGUAUUAAUUUAUCCAACUGUUGGAGUAUAUUUUACUGGAACUGUUGGUAGCAUUUCAUUAUCAAACAAAUUCAUAGAUAGAUUGGUACCAAACACAAGUGGACACUUAUUCAUUGGUUUAUUCUUGAUAAAAGAUGAAUUCAAAUCUCUCAUCACUCCAGUGAGUGGGCCAUUGACACAAGGCAACAGAAAAUACGUUCACAAUGUUGGUGUACUCGCUCAAAUAUCGAUCACUUCUCAAAUGGGUGCUCAAUUUAUCGUACGUCAAAGAAUAGAAAUUGAUCAACAAGACCUGAAAUCGGGAGCACCAUUCUUUUUCAAGAUUAAGGAAUUUGGUGAUCAAGAACCACUCCUCCUCUCAAAUCAUCAACUGUCACCAUCUCAUUUGCCACAAAAAUUGGGUUCCCCAUCAUCGUCGUCAUCGGCAUCCAUUUUCGAUCAAAUCACCUCUGAUAUUAAAGAAGAGGAGGAAGAAGAAGCUAAUUCUACUGAAAAAGAGGCAAAGGAGACAGACGAAGAUUCAGAGAAAAGAGUAGAAAAAGAAAAAAAAGUCUCUGAAUUGAUUAAACAAAUCUCAAAGCAAGCUCAAAACUAUACUAAAGACUAUCCUGGUGUAUUUACUAGCAAUGGAAUGGAGUAUCCAUCACUACAGGCAUUGGAAAGUCAACCAGAACUCUUCCUCUCUUCAAUAAUCAACAUGUUUGUCCUCAACUACCCAGAUAAAUGCCAAAGGAUACUUGAAACACUCGGUAUCGUUGACCGUUUGCAGUUGGUAUUCGAUCUUUUAAUCGAUGAGGAGGCUUUAUUGUCCGAGCAAAGUAAAAUCUAUCAGAAAUUUGAAGAUGAAAUGUUGGCUCUUUUAAAAAUACCAGAUGGUCCAAAAAAGAUUAUUGAAGAUGAAAUUAAUAAAUUAUCAACAAUUGAUCCUUCAUCAUUAGAAUAUAACUCUUCACGAAAUUACUUGGAUUGGUUAACAAAUUUACCAUGGUUGACCUAUACACCAGAGUUUUUUGAUCUCCAAUAUUCAAAACAAGUACUCGAUCAAGAUCACUAUGGUUUAACAGAUAUCAAACAAAGAAUAUUGGAAUUUAUUUCAAUUGGUCAUAUUAAAGGAUCGGUACAAGGAAAGAUUAUUUGUUUUGUUGGUCCACCAGGAACAGGUAAAACAUCGAUUGCCAAAUCAAUUGCCAAUUGUUUAAAGAGAGAAUUUUACAGAUUCUCUGUUGGUGGUCUCUUUGAUGAGGGAGAAAUUAAAGGACACCGAAGAACCUACAUAGGAUCAAUGCCAGGUAAAUUGAUUCAAUGUAUGAAGUUGGUCAAAAGUUCAAACCCUGUCAUCCUUAUCGAUGAAAUUGACAAGAUUGGCAAGAGAAACUUGGGUGAUCCAUCAUCGGCAUUGUUGGAGGUAUUGGAUCCAGAACAAAACGUUUCAUUUAUCGACAACUAUCUAGAUGUACCAUACGAUCUAUCUAGGGUUUUGUUUAUCUGCACUGCCAACAGUGAUCAAACAAUCCCAGGUCCAUUGUUUGAUCGUAUGGAAGUAAUCUAUCUUUCUGGUUAUGUAGAAGAGGAACAAAUUCAAAUUGUCACCAAUUUUAUCAUCCCAAAGACACUUGUAGAGUGUGGUAUCAAACAGGAACAACUCAAGAUCGAUGCAGACGUUGUCAAGAUGCUUGUCAAGUUUUAUAGCAGAGAAGUUGGAAUUCGUGAGCUCGAGCGAUUGAUUGAGCGUAUUAUGAGAAAGGCUGCACUCAAAAUCGUCAAUGGAGCUGAAUCAAUUCACGUCACAAAUGACAACAUCGAAGAGUAUCUAGGUAUUCCAACUUACUCAUCGGAUCGAUACUAUGAUGUCACACCAGUAGGUGUAGUUAAUGGUUUGGCUUGGUCUGCACGUGGUGGUUCAACUCUAUACAUUGAAACUAUUGUAGAGAAAUCAAAACAACAAGAAACUAUUCAAGAUGAUGUGGAAGAGGCAACUAUUAUCGAUAAUAAUAAUAAUAAUAAUAGUGGCGAUAAACCAACUGUUGUACAACCAUCCUCUCCGUCAUCGCAACCAUCUGGAUUCGUACCAAGACUACGUACAACAGGUAAAUUGGGAGAUGUAAUGACAGAGAGUACAAACAUUGCCUACACUUUUGCCAAAAACUUUUUAGCCCAAAUAGAUCCGACCAAUCAAUUCUUUGAAAAUCAUUCUUUACAUAUGCAUGCACCUCAAGGUGGUAUUCCCAAGGAUGGUCCAUCAGCAGGUGUAACCAUGGUAACAUCACUCAUAUCUCUUGCAUUGAAUGAACCCGUACUCAAUAAUCUUGGAAUGACAGGUGAGAUUACAAUCACAGGAAAGGUACUCACCAUUGGUGGUGUCAAAGAGAAAACAAUCGCUGCAAAGAGAUCUGGUCUCACAUCUAUCGUUGUACCUUCAAAUAACAAAAUAGAUUAUGCAGAACUACCGGCUUAUAUUAAACAAGAUAUCAAUGUUUUCUUUGCCUCUGAUUAUAGCGACGUUUUUGCAAUCGCUUUCCCAAACAAGUUACAUUUUUUAAAUAAAUAA